AUGUCCCUAACCCGCCUCUACCUCUUCACCUACAACGCCCUCGCCUUCACCCUCUGGGCCACAAGUACCACCUACGCAGUCCUUCUCCUCACCCAACAAACCCCCCUCCCAACCAUCUUCAACAAAAUCUACAACCCCUACCUUCUCACCGCGCAGUCCCUCGCGAUUCUCGAAAUCCUGCACUCGCUUCUCGGCCUCGUGCGCGCCCCCGUCAUGACUACACUCAUGCAAGUCGCGAGUCGGUUGUUGCUGGUUUGGGGGAUUAUGUACCCGUUUGGGGACCAUAGUGCUGCUUGGAGUGGGAGUAAGAUUGUGGGCGGUGUUGGGGAGGCGCAGUUGGGUGAUUAUGCGUUUUUGGGGUGUUUGGGGGCUUGGGGGGUUACGGAGUGUAUUCGGUAUGGGUUUUUUGCGUUGCAGGUUGGUGGGGUUGGGGUGCCGGGGUGGUGGACUUGGUUGAGUAGAUACAACACGUUCUACGUCCUCUAUCCCCUCGGUAUUAGCAGCGAGUGCACGAUGGUGGUUAAGGCGCUGAAGCCGGCGGCUGAGUUUCAUCCUGCUUUCUGGUGGUUCUUGGUCGUUGUUCUCGGUAUCUACGUUCCUGGCUCGUACAUUCUCUACACGCACAUGAUCGCCCAGCGCCGCAAGGUUCUCAAGAAGCAGAAGAACUAG